AUAAAUCAGCAGUGGCCUUUAAUACAGACACAUUCCGUGAAUAAAGUAGUCAGUCAAUUUCUCCUAAAGUCGAAGGCAGGGUAAUCACGAAGUUAAGCUUUAAAAACAUUUCUUUGUCGGUAAUUUGUUUGAUUUAAUUCAUAUAACUUGGUGCGGGUUAUAUAGUGGUGCCCGGAGCAGUCUCGGAAGAGAACAGCAGUUUACGAUAGGUAGCGAGGCACUGGAAGUGGUAAGAGAAUACAUAUACUUAGGGAAGGUAGUGACUCCAGAUCCGGAUCAUGAGACUGAAAUAAUCAGAAGAAUAAGAAUGGGCAGGGGGGCGUUUGGCAGGCAGUGUCAGAUCAUGAACAGCAGGUUUUCAUUAUCCCUCAAGAGAAAAGCGUAUAGCAACUGUCUCUUACCAGUACUCACGUACAGGUCAGAAACCUGGAGGCUUACGAAAAGGGUUCUACUUAAAUUGAGGAUGACGCAACGAGCUAUGGAAAGAAGAAUGAUAGGUGUAACGUUAAGGGAUAAGAAAAAAAACAGAUUAGGUGAGGGAACAAACGCGAGUUAAAGACAUCUUAGUUGAAAUCAAGAAAGAGAAAUGGGCAUAGGCAGGACAUGUAAUGAGGAGGGAGGAUAACCGAUGGUCAUUAAGGGUUACGGACUGGAUUCCAAGGGAAGGGAACCGUAGCAGGGGACGGCAGAAAGUUAGGUGGGCGGAUGAGAUUAAGAAGUUUGCAGGGACAACGUGGCCAUAAUUAGUACAUGAUCGGGGUAGUUGGAGAAGUAUGGGAGAGGCCUUUGAAGUUAAGCUGGGGGGCACGCCACCGCAUCGCAACUCGUCAUGCAGACGCCCUUUUUUCAUCUGCUGCAGGCAAUCUGGAUAUGGGGCCCCGCCACUUCAUGCUCCAACACCGAAAGCUCAGGCUUUUUUGGGCCACAUGACGUCAACGAAAUUGCUUGGCUGCCAGCUGGCGACGACUACAUCGACAACGACCACAUCGACCUGCAUCCGCUGCUUCCAGCGGUGGACCAAUCUGCCAUCUGGCAACCUGGCACAAGCGCGGGAAUCCGGCACCUACAUAAGCCGCUGUACCACUGGAGUCAUUUGGGGCACGCCACCGCAUCGCAACUCGUCAUGCAGACGCCCUUUUUUCAUCUGCUUCAGGCAAUCUGGAUAUGGGGCCCCGUCACUUCAUGCUCCAACACCGAAAGCUCAGGCUUUUUUGGGCCACAUGACGUCAACGAAAUUGCUUGGCUGCCAGCUGGCGACGACUACAUCGACAACGACCACAUCGACCUGCAUCCGCUGCUUCCAGCGGUGGACCAAUCUGCCAUCUGGCAACCUGGCACAAGCGCGGGAAUCCGGCACCUACAUAAGCCGCUGUACCACUGGAGUCAUUUGGGGCACGCCACCGCAUCGCAACUCGUCAUGCAGACGCCCUUUUUUCAUCUGCUUCAGGUUGUGUCCACCUCUUUGAAUAUUCCAGCUCAAGGAAAUGAAAUAUGCUAUCUGCCACAGUUGGUCGAACAUGGGCCCACCCGAAUCCCCGGAAUAAAGUUUGGCAACAGCGAGACCAGUUUCCUUGACUCGCCGCUUCUAAGGAACCUUCAUCAAUGGACACUUGUCGGGAGCAGCUGGCAGGGCUAGAUUCAACGCUGUCUCCAAGCGACUUGCUUGGAAAUUGCACCGGUUCACCCGGGCUUCUCAACGACAGCUGCUGUCUUUUAGCAGCGGAGGAAUCAGGGGAUGGCUGGAUAUUCGAUCGCCUCGAUGUCAAGGUCAUCCUUGUCAUCGCUUACAGUACGGUCUUCUGUUGCUGCUUCUUCGGCAACCUGCUGGUCAUCGGAGUCGUGAUCAUGAACCGGCGUAUGCGGACAACCACCAACUUCUUUCUGACCAAUCUGGCGGUGGCCGACCUGUGCGUGGCCAUGUUCUGCGUGUACCAGAACCUGUUCUUCUACCUGACCCCACAGUGGGUAUUUGGAGACUUCCUGUGCCGCAUGUACUUCUUUGUGCAUGGGCUCAGCUACACGGCAUCGAUUCUUAUACUCACCGUAAUCUGCGCGGAGAGGUACCUGGCCAUUGUGCAUCCAAUGUUGAACAAGCAGGUGGUGACGAUGACGCGGCUUCGCGUGACCAUUGUCACGGUCUGGUUCGUGAGUGCUGCUUACUGCAGCCCUCGAAUCGUGAUGUACGGCACCGUGGAAGCAGUAGUGGACGACAAGCGAGAAGCCCUCUGUGUGCUCCAGAGGGCGCUGUACGACUCGAAGACGUACGACCUGGCAAAUUUCGUCGUCUGCUUCCUCGUGCCUUUGAUAAUCAUUAGCGUCCUGUACGCCAUCAUUUGCUACCAGCUAUGGCACAGUCAAGCCAUCGUGUCGCAACCACAAAACCACAUCGCCGCCCAGAUGAACCACCAGGUUGUACUAAACUCCACACUGAGUCAUCAAAAGUCACACCCACAGCAACGGAUAGUGGGAACACCGCCAACACGUCGGCGGUCUUGCUCGGAGGAAGAUUCCGAGUCACCACCUCCGGUUGACUCGAAACUAGAGUACGCUCAAACUUUUGUAACGGCCUCCAGCAAUACCAAUGAGCCUUGUUCAACGACGACAAUUGCGUUGACCAUGCCCUAUUCAAAUCCCACACAGAGGAUCGCCGGUGGCCAACAGCUGAACAGAGUGACAUCUGGCUGCAGCCGCUGCGGAAACGUGGAAGCUCCAACGACGCCGAAGGCUCCCGUCAAGACGUUUUAUUACGCCAACAGCGCCGCAGCGUCGGCGCUGAGGCCGCGGCGCAAAGUAGUCCGCCUUCUGGUGGCCGUUGUCUUCAGCUUCGCCUUGUGCAACUUGCCUUUUCACGCACGCAAACUCUGGCAACAUUGGUCCCCUGAAUACAACGGAUCCAGUCCAGGAGCCGCCAUCUUGACCGUGGUGACGAACCUUGUGUUAUAUAUGAACUCGGGACUCAACCCAUUUCUCUACGCUUUGUUUUCUAAGAACUUCCGGCAGUGCAUGGCCGACGUGUUAUUCUGCCGGAACCAAAGGUUCCGGUCGAAGAACCGAUCCUCGUUCCAAGCCAUGUCCAAGUCUCUCAACUCGAAUGUGAGCCUUGGAACGCCUCAGACUGCUCGCCUGGUUCGUGCGCAUCGCAAAGAAAUGGAGCAGCAACACCUGUGACUGCCGCAACAACCUCCUCAUGUCAAUGUUGCGAAUAUUAUUUUCUCACUAUAAAUAUUGUUCAAUGCGCUGUAUGAAACUGGCUAACCGUGCGGCGAUUUACUUAGUCUUUUGAAAGGUCGCCAAACAGUUCGCACUUUGGCGGCCUUGCAAACGAAGAAAUAAAUCGCCGCACGAAUCGCUUUUGAAAUAUUACCUUUUUGUGCCGUGAUCGUGAAUGCCGAGUAGGUCACUACAGGGUAUGCACUGAACGCAGAAAUCACGUUGAUUCUGUGCUUUUCACGAGGCUGCAAAUUCGGCAUCACAUUGUACUAAAAUGUAGGUCCUAAGCCUUGAUGUUUUUCAGCAGUGGUUCAGUAAUGUAAAGAAACAUCGGAGAAAGCAGGCGUUUUUCUGCCUAUAUCAUUGUGGGCCAUUUAUUGACAGGCAAACUGACAUUGUGGCAGUAAAACAUCGGUUUUAACGAGUUGGCUUAUGGCUAUUCAAAAGGUGCAGCGAGAUUGGAACGGAGGCAAAGAAACACAAACGACAACACAAGCGUUGACUAAUAACUGAUUUUAUUUGCAUCGAAACCGGUAUAUUUAUGCGCAAAAAGGCUUACCGUGUAGCAUCGCAAUUAGCACAGAUAUGGUCACACAUGAUAAACCGAAAACAAGAUUCCGCAAACGUUUAAAAACACUUUACUAAAUUCAUAGACACAGUAAGAACAAGAUAUGGUAAUCGAACAUAUUCUGCUAUCACCACGUAUCUCUAUUCUUCGUCCUAAGGCGAAGUCACUAUGCAUAAGAAAAUAUGAUAAUGUAAACAAGGAGCAUGUGCACAGAACAAGGUAUCCACGCACUUGGUUUGAGCAGGCUUUUGUAACGAAAAAAAAACAUUUCAAAGGGGGUGAAACUUUUUAGACCUAAACAAAUCCUUCAAACAAAACCUUGUUAUGCAUAGUGACUUCGCCUUAGGCCGAAACAUUGCGAUACGUGGCAAUAGUAGACUGUGUUCGAUGACCAUAUGUUGUUCUUACUGUUUUUAUAAACUUAGUAACCUGUUGGUAAACGUUUGCGGUAUCUUGUUUUUGUUUGAUCAUGUGUGACCAUAUCUGUUCCAAUUGCGAUGCUACACGGUAAGCUUUUUUGCGCAUAGACAGGUCGGUUUCGGUGCAAAUAAAACCAGUUCUAAGUCAGCGCUUGUGUCGUGGUUUGUGCUUCUUUGUCUCCAUCCCAGUCGCUCUGCGCCUUUUGAAUGACCUUGUGGACCUAGUUGAAAUUUUGCGUAAAACAGAGUAGUGGCGAGUGCCUCUCAGUGAGGUGCAGACGUCUCAGGGGAGUAAUAUGUCGUCUUCUUCGAUUAUAAUGGUGAGACGCCGCUGGCCACGUCUUUCUCGCGUGCGAUCGUUCAGUGUUACCGAGUUCUGUGGUCACUCAGCUGUGUCGCCAUAAAUGUUCUUAAGAAGCAAGAAACGUCCAAUUCCUACUUUGAUGUGGGUGCACAGCUUUGAAAAAGCUUUCUCUGACUCGUGUUGCUACAAUUUUUUUUUUGUAGAAUAUGGACACUUCUCAGGGAUUUUUUCACAUCUUGAGAAUGUGUACCAAUAUUUCAAAUAAUAAAAUAAAAAGAACUCCUGCUGGAGAUUCUCAUUGGCCGCUCUGUCCUGGAAAUGGCACCGGAACUUAUAUACGCGGACAGUGAAGUUUAAUUGAAUAUGAAUACUACUGUGCGUUGUCCGUUGCUACCGAACGUUGCUAACUCAUUGUAUUGAAGGCUAGGUGCUCGUGAUGUGCAGCCUGCCAUUGCUUUCAGCGGUCUGUGCUGAUUUUUCAGUGAAUGAUUACACAUAUAAAGAAAGUAUUAUGUAAAUGUAUUGAAGUGCUCGACUCUGCUCUUCACUGACACGCAAAUUUCGAAACGCUCCUACUGCAUAUACAUGGCCAGGUUGCGGAAUGGCGGCCUGGUCAACGCUUGCCACCGCAUUAGCAAUUGGCAUCACCGUCUCAUCUUGCUCCAGCCACUUCACAUUUCCGACAUCCCUCGUAUAGUGGCAAUGUUGCUUGCAAGUUUUGAAUGAUCCGAAGUAACGAUCAUCGAAUUGACUUGUUCAUCGAUUGUGGCCUUAUGUCUAAAAAUUUUGAUAGCGAAGCGGUGCCAGAAUACACACAACUUCUGUAGCUUGCCUAAGUAAAUGAGAACUGUAGGUGGCGCCUUCCUACCCAAUCUAUUUACUCUGCAUCAGUGUUAUCGCUGCAUUGAUUAUUCCAAUCGCACAACUUUGUAAGUGCCAUACUGCUUUUCUAAUUGGCUUAUGCAGUCAUUAGCGUACAUCACUCGCAAGUUUCACAUUAAUUGCGCGCAGUGUUCGCUCUGCGCUUUCAAAGCGGUGACAUAUAUAUAAGCGAAUAUAGCGUAGUGAUUUUUGCGCACAUUUCAGCGGUGUUGGUUUAUGACGCCUUUUUUUCUGAUGGUAAGAUUAUCUUCAUAGCAAGCGACUAAUGAUAUGUGUGUAUACGGUGCCACUUGCAGAUCAAUUUUCGAACCAUGUAAACGUGCAACGCUUUCAAAGUGUUAAAAAAUUGUCACAAAUAGCGACAACAACAGUUCCUGUUUCCGCAUGAUAACGCAGCGUGCUACUGCGAAGGCGGUCAGAUAAGAGAUUCGUGUUUCACUCUGACAUUCAGUAGUCCGGAUUCUGCAGUGUCUCUUCAAGGCCCCCAGUGCUCACACUGGUCGAUACAUGUAGCGCAAAGAGUGCGCUAUAUCACUAUCUACAGAAAUAUGUGUUUUUUAUUGAUGUACCGUGGUAUUUGCUGCUUGGCAAUGGCUAAUAGCAACAUAGCCUCUUCAAGGGUUUCACAGUUUGUCCGCGUGUGUCGUGCUGUGCAUGAUGGUGGAUCUCUGCGAGGUUAUUAAACGAUGACCUACCUGUCUUCACAUAACGUGGUA